GACAUUGAGAUUCCUCUCUGAGCUGCGGGAAGAGCGUGACUAAAUGCACCUGGGCCAGGCUGUCUGGGGGCAUGAAGUGGCUGGGCGAAUCCAAGAACAUGGUGGUGCAUGGCAGGAGGAACGGAGGCAAGUUGUCGAGUGACCAUCUGCAGAACCAGGCCAAGCCCCAGCCCGCGGGCAAGGACGCCGUGAAGGCCGGCAGGGGCGUGGCGGAGCGCAGGUCGAGCAGAUGUAAUGGCAGUUCUGGAUUCGAAGGGCAGAGCCGCUAUGUACCAUCUUCCGGGAUGUCUGCCAAGGAGCUGUGCGAAAACGACGACCUGGCCACCAGUCUGGUGCUCGACCCCUAUUUAGGUUUUCAGACGCACAAAAUGAAUACGAGCACCUUUCCUUCGAGGAGCUCAAGGCAUUUUUCAAAAUCUGACAGUUUUUCUCACAACAACCCUGUGAGGUUUCGGCCUAUUAAAGGAAGACAAGAGGAGCUGAAGGAAGUCAUUGAACGUUUUAAGAAAGAUGAGCACUUGGAGAAGGCUUUUAAAUGUCUGACUUCUGGCGAAUGGGCCCGACACUAUUUUCUGAACAAGAACAAAAUGCAGGAGAAAUUAUUCAAGGAACAUGUAUUUAUUUACUUGCGGAUGUUUGCAACUGACAGUGGGUUUGAAAUACUGCCCUGUAACAGAUACUCGUCAGAGCAAAACGGAGCCAAGAUCGUCGCAACAAAAGAGUGGAAACGAAAUGACAAAAUAGAAUUACUGGUGGGUUGUAUUGCCGAACUUUCAGAAAUUGAGGAGAACAUGCUACUUAGACAUGGAGAAAACGACUUCAGUGUCAUGUAUUCCACAAGGAAGAACUGUGCUCAGCUCUGGCUCGGUCCCGCCGCGUUUAUAAACCAUGAUUGCAGACCCAACUGCAAGUUUGUGUCCACUGGCCGAGACACCGCGUGUGUGAAGGCCCUGAGAGACAUUGAACCUGGAGAAGAAAUCUCUUGUUACUAUGGAGAUGGAUUUUUUGGGGAAAAUAAUGAAUUCUGCGAGUGUUACACUUGUGAAAGACGGGGAACUGGUGCUUUUAAAUCCAGAGUGGGACUGCCCGCGCCUGCUCCUGUUAUCAAUAGCAAAUACGGACUCAGAGAGACAGACAAACGUCUGAAUAGACUUAAAAAGUUAGGCGACAGCAGCAAAAACUCAGACAGUCAGUCUGUCAGCUCUAACACUGAUGCAGACACCACUCAGGAAAAUAACAAUGCAACUUCUAACCGGAAAUCUUCAGUUGGUGUAAAAAAGAGCAGCAAGAGCAGAACGUUAACGAGGCAGUCUGUGCCACGGCUCCCAGCUCCCUCCGACUCUACCUCAUCGAAGCUAACUCAUGUAAAUAAUUCCAGGGUACCAAAGACACUGAAAAAGCCUGCCAAGCCUUUCCUCUCCAAGAUAAAACUAAGGAAUCACUGCAAGCGGCUGGAGCAGAAGAGCGCCUCGCGGAGACUCGGAGUGGGGGACUUGGUGCUGAAGGAGCCCAAGGUCAUCCUGUACAAAAACUUACCCCUGAAAAAGGACAAGGAGCCGGAGGGACCAGGCCCAGCCGCAGCGGCCAGUGGAUGCUUAACUCGACACGCAGCGCGGGAGCACAGGCAGAACUCGGGGCGCGGGCCGCCCGCGCCGGGGGAGGACCCCCCCUGCGCGUACACGACCCGGCGGUCUGUGAGGACAAGACUCAACUUGAAGGAGCCCUCCGACGCCCAGCUUGAGCCGGGGACCCUGGACGACGGCAAGGGCGGCGCGCCGGAGCCCCGCCCGGACAGCGGGGGCCUCCUGGGACAGCACCCCAGCACGGGGGAGCAAGCGGCUCUGGAGGGGGAGGCCCACGCACCCCUGGGGCUCAGUCUGCAGGGCGUCCCGCCGGGAAGCGCCGUUGUCUGCGGGCCAGAGGGCGAGCAGAGCGGGCCGAGCGGCCAGGGGAGGCUCGGCCUGGGCACAGCCCCUGCCCGGCCACCAGGGCAGGGCUCUGCUGCCCACCGGGGGCCUGCGGUCCACCUGCCCCUCGACCACCUCCCCCACAUGGGCGCCCAGAGCAGGGACAGAGCAGAAGGACGCGCCAGGGAGCUGGAGCGGGCGCGCGGGCCCUGGCGGGGCCGGCAGGGCCGUGGGGGAGAGCUCAUCGCCCACGUGGCAGAGCGCCGGCCCACACGGGCAAAGUCCUCGGACAGGGCCGCCAGGAGGCCCUUCGGGGAGACAUGA